AUGGAUAAUAGCUCCGCGGGGACAUAUGACAUGGAUCAUGAAUUUGAGAAGUUUGAUCUUAGGUUAGAUGAGCCAGUUGGUCACACACAUCGCAGUGUCGACAAAACUAGCUGGUAUGCGAAGUUUCUGUGCGCUUCCCGCGACGAACGCGUUUCCUGGGACUCGCGAGUGGAGCGAUCCAAGGCGGGUGAUUCGGCGUACACGCUUGACGAGCAAGCGGAGAAUCUCAUGGACGCGUCAGCUGAGCGCUUUAUUCACUGGCUCAAUUCUAUCGGUUCAAUGGAUACGUCUAUGACACCAGAGAAGGUUAAGAACUUAUUUUCCAUCAAAGGUGAUCGAACGCUUCUUGCAUCAGUUAAGACAGACCCAAAGGAAGUCAACGCCAUAGCGCAAACAGUUGCCGACAAAUGGAAUAAACCCCAUAUGGCAAUUGAGCUCAAGUAUGAAAAACACAUCAACGACCAUGCAAUGCGUGUGACCCACAAGCCGCUUCUUAGCGCCUUUGGUCGAACUGUACCUCUUAAGGAACGACCUUGGAUAAAGCGCUCUGGUGAUAAGGUCAUCGAAACAGUUUACCCGAACGAUCUGCUUACCCGCGAGAAAAUAUUUAAAGGCAUUACUCACCUGCGUAGCACUACAGCGCUUAUUGAUUUUUACUUAAACAAUCCAAAAUUGGCCCGACCUCUAUAUUUACUCCAAGGUGGUGACUUCCAGGAAAUGAACACAAGCGAAUCGGUCAUGGAAAUACCCCUUUAUGAAUAUCUAGGUUUACGCUAUUAG